CAGCACCACCGUAACAUCUACAGAGUGUGCAACAAGAGCAAACAACAAAAAAAUCUGACAUUAAACUGUGCGAUAGGUUUGAUGUGUUAAAGAAGAACGAGAACGGAAACGGAACGGGUUUAGGAUCGUUUAGGUUCGGUGGUUUCUGUGUUAUCCACAGUUAGUGAGUCACCGGGGACGUUAAAAGGCAAAUGUAAAACUCGCCACAAUAUGGGCAGCCAAGCGUCGAGCAUAUCCUUACGGAUGCUACCGCAUGACACGAUGGAUUCCUUGCAGUUCGAGAUCAAAAAGCAGGUUCACAUCUAUUCCGAAAUCAACAAUCUGGCGUACGAUGACUUCCAGAAAUGCCUCGCCGAUCUCAACCGGCUUGCACGCAAGUGUCUCGAUGCGGAUGGCAAGCAGUUGGUUUUUGCGGUGAAGAAGGGUACGGAUAACUCAAUCCUUUGGAAACGCACGGUGCGCAUCGCUUGCGUGAAGAUCCACCCGGAAACGCGCAAGAUCGAUUGCUACAAGCUGCUGACGCUGCAACAAUUUCUGCAAGUCUUUCGCACCAUUCAGACCAACUUGCAUGCCAUGGUAACAGUUGAAAGCCAACGGAUCCAUAGUCCUACAAAAAACCAGGUGACCAAGACGUUAGCAGCAGGGGGAGUAAGCUCGAGUCUCAGCACAGUCUCGAUUAAUAGCAGCCGGGACAGCGUCGCUGGUCUGAACAAUGAAUCGGUGCAGCAGCCAGCAAACGUGGAGCAACCUGGUUCGUCUGGGCAUGCGGAGGUUGGAACAACGAGCCCGCAGGGGGUCCAUUCAACCCUUUCCUCAUCGCCUACAUCAUCGUCAUCAACGUCAUCGGUGGCGUUUCUUUUUCCAGAAACAGCAGCCACCACUUCAAUGCUAAUGGCACAGGUAGAUGCUGUCACAGCAACGGUAACCGGUAGUGUCCAAUCAACGAACGACGAGAAUGAUGGACCGGUGGAACAGAACGAGUGCUGCAUUUGUCUCGAGCGGAAGCCGGAGGUAUCCCUCCCGUGUGCCCACAGCUACUGCAUGCCAUGUAUCGAGCAGUGGAACAUCCACCAAAAGACAUGUCCCAUCUGCGACGAGGAGCUCGCUACAACCGACGACACAUGGGUCCUGUCCGAAAUGCCCGAGGCAGACGAGGUUAGUGAAGAGAUCUGUGCUACGCUCAUGAAACUUUCAAACGACUCGUUCGAUGAGGAAAGCGACAAGAAAUGGUGGCGCAGAAUGCUUAAUUUGUGAUAUGGACAAGCAAGGUAUAAGUAAUACAGUACAGUAAUAGGGACAUUGAAUAGUAGUUCGCCGACAGACCGGUGGUUGUUGCUGGUUGUUUCACCAUAGAUAAGCGUGUGGCCAAUGAAGAGUCAACAAAUCCGAUGUUAAUCAGCCAAUAGGGUAAAAUGCCCGCCUUGUAUCUGUUCAUGCUAGUAAACUCAAUAAAAUUAAAAUACUAACCCAUUAUUAUUAA